AUGACGCCGUCCAAAGACCCGUUCGAUAUCGACGUCUCUAAAGCUGUUCCUAAGCUUAAAGGCCAGGCUAACUGGUUAAUAUGGCAAAGGAACCUACGAAACUACCUACGCUCGCGUAAUUCGGACGCGUGGGACCUGCUUCAGGGCAAAUAUACUCUUCCAGAAGAACCAGUUCUUUAUCCCGAGGAUGAAGACGAAAACAUGCGUAUACUGGCUCUGAAUUAUUCCAUACUCGUAGUUCUCGGUACUACGUGCGAAGCCAGUCCCGCGGCGCGUUUCCAGAACUGCGACUCUGUGCUUAAAGCAUAUGUCCUUCUCCAGGAAGCAUAUGAGACCUCUAACUUUGCUACAGUUGUUCGUUUAUAUAAUAAAUGGGCAUUUAUUUGUUAUAAGAGCACAAGCAGUCAAGAGAUCUUUCUUACACGCUAUGCGGACGCCCUCAACGAGCUUCACGGCACCAAGAUCAUUAAUGAUCAUACUGAACUCCUGCAGUUCUUUACAGCAAUUCAGGAUGUGCCUGCCUUGCAGCCGCGGACCAAGUGCUUGUUGAACCUGAACAAGAAAACGACUGCAAGCACCCAGAUUAACAUAGUAACUACAUCUACUCCGUCCGCACCACCAUCCGGAACGCCGUCAGCCAACGCGAUCAACAUCAAUUUCAACUUUCUCAAUGCCUAUGCUGUAUCAGUUCGCUUCAAUGCUGCUACUGUGGCUCAAGAAGACCAACACCCGAACCACUCGCAUGAUUGGAUGCUUGACUCUGGGACUGUUAAAACAAUAACUUACUUUAAGCAUUACUUCACAUCCUUUACUUCCUGCGUACGUACAGCCAAACCCGCUACUGAUGAGGCCUUUCAGACUGUUGGCUACAGCACUAUUUCAAUCGAAUUCGUGGAUGAGCAGAACAGACCUUGUAGACUUUUAGAGAUUGACUGCGCUUGUACUACAAGCCGCAAGGCGAUUCAGGGUCUGUAUCUCUACGGUGCCCUAAUACACUCGCCACCCUCUGAUCUUACUGUCAAUACUGUCAAAAAGACAGUUUUUCUACUAAUUUCAAUCUAUCUCGCGCAUCGUCGUACGGCUCAUGCCUCCGAACGAAAGAUUCAUGACUCUGUUAAGCAUGUUAUUGGUUUUGAUAUUAAGAAAGAUAUCUUACCAGCGCCCUGCAAACCCUACCUCCGUGGAAAGGGUCAAGUAUUAUCUGUCUCCCAUACUGAGCCUCGCGACCUUGGUCUACGCGUUGGAAAUCUUAUUUAUACAGAUAUCUGUAGACUGCUAUCUACACGCGGCCGGACCGGUGUAUAUUACUUCAUUAUCUUUACUGACCAUGCCUCCCGAUACUGCUGGAUAUUCCUACUCAAGGAACACAUUAAAUCCUGUAUAUCAGUUAUGGCGGAUAAUCAGUUGCCCUAUUUCCUAUGGAAUCAUACCAUCCUCGCAGUCAACUACAUACAGAAUAGACUCGUACACAGUGCCAUCGGGAAGACUCCCUAUGAAGCCCUGUACGGCGUGCAACCAGAUAUCUCACGGUGGAAGGCCCUUGGCUGCCGCUGCUGGCAUCUUACUCCCAAAAAGACUCGUGAUAAGCUGGAAGAUCACAUGCAGGAAGGCCGCUUCGUCGGCUACUCUGAGUCAGUCUACAAGAUCUACGAUAUCCGAACUCGUCAGAUUAUGUACGCUCGUGAUGUUAUCUUUAACGAAGAACCUGUCUCACAAUUACCAUCCGCGACGUCUACAUACGAUCUUGAUUCCGCACGCCACGGCGAAGCCAACACAGAAGCUCCGGUCCAGGAAGAUCCUCGCCGCUGGUCACCGUUUGAUAUACCUUCUCAACAUCAGCAGCCUGUCCCUGUCCCUUUUCCUAGUUAUCCUGCCGCAGACGAGCAGGAUAGCAGCGAGGAGCCGGACUGGCUACUAGAAUACAAACAGACUGGUGUACUCCCACCUUUGCCUGCAAUUAAUGACACCGUCCGUAACGCCACGCCUGAACCGGCAGUUGUCGUUGAAGAUAACGAGUCUGAAGACCAGCUAGUUGCUGCGGAUCCUCCGGCUAUCAGUACCUCCCGUACGGAACCCGCACCGGUGUCUGAACAGCCACUGCGUCGCUCUACACGCACUCGCAGGCCUUCGCGCGCGCUCCUCGAGUCUUUGGAGUCACACACUAUUAGUGUAAAUGAUGACCCGGACUUGAACACCGACGCCUUUUACAAAUUACUCAUUGACAACCAUCUUACUAACGCUCUGUUUCUGGAAACUGCGGCUACACAGCCUCCUGCCAGCCCGCAAGCUGGGGGGGCCACCUCCACCAAGGAACCAACAUCUCAAGAUACCGGCUACACUCCUACCUCGUACGCUGACGCUAUGGCCUGUGCUGAAGCAUCCAAAUGGCGCGAAGCAGUGCAUCGCGAGAUGCGGGAACAGAUCAAACAAGGCACCUUCCGCGUGGUUCCACGUCCCCGCAAUACGCGUCUUCUUCCGCUCAAAUGGGUGUUUAAAAUUAAGCAUGACGGCACUUACAAGGCCCGUCUUGUUGUCAAAGGCUUCCGGCAGCGUGCUGGUAAAGACUAUCAGAUUGGAGAAAUAUACGCGGCCGUCGCCAAGAGCGUCAGCUUCAAGACUUUUAUUGCCCUGGCUGCUAAGCUUCAUUGGAUCUUACAUCAUCUUGACGUCGCCACAGCAUUUCUCAACGCUGAACUACGCGAAUCAAUACACAUCGAGCUGCCGGACGGCUUCCAGGAAAACGGCAUGUGCGGCGAGCUCGUCAAGUCGCUAUAUGGCUUAAAACAGGCGCCACGCGAGUGGUACAAUAUGCUUCAUGACUUCCUAGUGGCUAACGGCUUUAAGUGCUUACAUGCAGAUCACUCUGUGUUCGCAGGAAAAGGCCUUUUCAUACUUGUUUACGUCGACGAUAUCCUUCUACUCGCGCCGGACGGCACUGUGGUUGACGCCUUUAAAACACUGCUUGCCAAGCUUGUUAAGUUCACUGAUAACGGCCCCUGCACCCGCUUCCUAGGUGUUGAUAUUAUACAAACAGAUGAAGGCAUUUAUCUCUCGCAGAAAUCAUACAUACAAGACUGUCUAAAGCGCUUUGGUCUUUCUACCUGCAAGACUUCUCCCAUACCAUACAACUCUAAGAAUCCUUUGUCAAAAUACAACGGAACAGCUGAUCCUGAUGACAUCAAAGUAUAUCAGGAACGCAAUGGCGCGCUCAUCUGGAUCAUGGUUAACACACGUCCUGAUAUUGCGUACGCAACAAGUAAGCUAUCGUCUUUUGCAAGCAACCCCGCCAAGCCACACCUUCAGGCAAUGAACCUCGUCUGGCGUUAUCUCACUGGCUCCCUCGACCGCUGCCCCUUCUACCGUCGUGGCGGACCUGGCCUCGUUGGCUUUUGUGAUGCUAAUUGGGCCGGCCCCCACUCCCUUAACGCGACGUCGACCUCCGGCUACGUAUUCCAACUCGCUGGGGGGCCCAUUUCAUGGAGUUCAAAGAAACAGACUGCUAUCGCAUUAUCUUCAACCGAAAGCGAAUAUAUCGCGCAAGCAGUGGCGACGCAGGAGUUAAUCUGGCUCCAACUACUGUUUACUGAGCUGGAUAUUCAACGCUCCAAAGCUACAUCUGUUUUGAUGAGUCGUCCCACUAUUAUUCAUGCAGACAACCAGUCCGCUAUCGCUCUGACUAAGAACCCCGAGUUCCACGCCCGCACGAAGCACGUCUCCAUCAAAUGGCACUUCAUACGUCGUGAAGUACGCGCUAAAAAUGUUGAAUUCGUCUACAUUAGUACAAUCGAACAAGCGGCCGACGGCCUCACUAAGCCGCUUGAACGUCUCGCCUACUCCCGCUUCAUCAAGCAACUCGGUAUGGUGGAUCGUGGUUGA